CGAACAUCUAUACCGACAACUGUCUUGAUGUUGAAGAUGAUCAGUACUCCUUAGAGGGUAUGUGUGAGGGGGUGGAUCCCUAUGUUGACGAAGUUAUCUAUGAGGAAGAUCAUAACUCACAGCAUAUCUGUGAAGAAGAAGAUGAUAUUAUAUAUUAUGACAACAAUGAAUGCAGCAAUGGUUACACAGAGCCUUCGUGUAUGUAUGACAUUUUUCAAGAAGAAUUUAGACAAAAAAUCAGAAAUGAAGAUGUGUCCUCUGCUAAAAUUCCACCAAGAGGUAACGCGAGCACCACAAUUGCAGAGAGAGUUGUACAGAGAGUUGAACGUCUGGAUCAUGUGACACUCAACAUAGGUGUCACUGGAAAUACAGGAGCAGGAAAGUCCUCCUUCGUGAACGCCAUACGGGGUCUGAGUAACGAUGAUGAGGGAGCAGCUGACACGGGAGUGACAGAGACCACAAUGGAGCCGACACCAUUCCCGCAUCCCACAAUGCCAAAUGUCACCAUUUGGGAUCUGCCAGGUAUUGGUACUCCAAAAUUUAAAGCAAAGACGUAUCUGUCUGAUGUCCAUUUUGAACGCUAUGACUUCUUCAUCAUCGUCACUUCAGAGAGAUUCAAAGAGAAUGAUAUUAACCUGGCCAAAGCGAUCAAGAGGAAGAAAAAACGCUUUUAUUUCAUUCGCUCAAAGAUUGACAACGACAUUAAUGCAGAACGCCAAAGAAGAGAUUUCAACAAGGAAAAUGUGUUAUCCAGGAUCAGAGAGGACUGUACGAAGAACUUGAAAGUUGUUGGAAACCCACAGGUGUUCCUCAUAAGCUCCUUCAGUUUGCAGGAAUAUGACUUCACCAGGUUGAUCGAUACACUGAGAAGAGAUCUCCCAGAGAAAAAGAAGCAGGCCCUCAUCCAGUCUCUACCAGUCUACUCCAUUCAAGCUCUGGCAAGAAAGAAGAAGCAUUUUCAAAAGAUGAUAUCGCUCCAAGCCUUUGGUUCCUGUGCCGGUGCAAUACUGCCCAUUCCUGGUCUGACCCUGGGUGUCGACUAUGGCAUUGCAAAAUCAUUCUUCAGCAAAGUUUUCCAGUCGUUCGGCUUGGAUGAAAAUUCCCUACGGCGCCUUGCAUCCCGUGUAAACAUGGACCAAGAGUAUCUGAAGAACGCACUACAGUCGCGGUUUAAAGACGGAAUCACAGAUGAAGUGUUGAUGUCCUUUCUCAACACUCCCGCGAUGGCAUCGCUCAUGACAAUGAAAAUGGUGCUAUCGGCACUUGUAGUCGCUGGGUCACUACCUGCCGGGAUCAUUUCUGUGGGCAUGAUGCGUCGUAUACUGAACAAAGGACUGAAGGAAAUGGCCAAAGAUGCUGCUGCAAUGCUGGAAGCAGCUAUGCUUAAUCAACUGUAAAUAAAUAAAUAAAUAGAAACUGCUGUAGAUCAUGGUGUGACUUACUGUGAAGGGACUGAUGAUGGCCUGAAUUUGCUGUGGUCUAAUGUUCGAUGUUUAAACAUACUUGACUGAAUAGCUUGUGAUUCUUGACAAUAAAGUUCAUUUAUAAAAUUUAAUUAAAUUAUCCUGAUAUUAAAGUUAUUUUCCCUCAAAUGCUUGCCUAUUCUAUUGGUUUUACUGGCUUUCCUGGUUCAUGGAUAAAGAUGGUGACAGAGUAUCAUUUAAUAAAGACAACAGUAACCGUA